AUGUCGAUGUUCAAAUCAGCCGCAGAAAUAUCGUCUUCAGAGUCCGGGUCCGACUCAGAUGGAAAUGAAUCUCAGAAAGAAGAAUCUCCGGUGACCAAAGGAACGGCGAAGUCUAGAUCGCAAUCCCGUCAAACCAGUCGGGACAGGCUACCUGGAAAAUCAUCCGAAUGGAAAGAGCCCGGUAGUAGCUCUAGCCAUGCAGGGAACUCAGUAUCUCUUGAAGAUGUGUCCGGGUUGUCGCAGGACACCAUUGACCUUAAUGCCGACCACCAUGCCAACAUGAUGACAUCUGCUUUAUUGGAAUUUUACUGCCAAAGCCGUGCCGCGGAUAUCCUCAAUGCCCAGCAAGGCUCGAGCAAAACCUUCACCAAACAGUCUCCCGAGGCACAGUAUCUCGGGAAGAAGCUUUACAAGUAUAAGUCACAAUUUCUUGCAAAGCACGGCCUGGUAGCGGACGGAGUGGACGAAGAAGAGCUCGGUGCGACAAGACAAACCUACCGCGAACGCCUUGACAUGCUUGGCCUUUCCGCCCUUGAAGGCUUGAACCUCAAUGAGUCUCCAGUCCGAUCACCAAUAGAGGGUGAGGAUGACCGUGAACUUGCUUUGGUUCCUCGGAACUCACAUGGAAUUGUUGUUCCCGACAACACUUCGCAAUUCUGGCAGAACAAUGGAGGCGAUAGACGCUCCAGACGGCAGCUUCCAUCGAUCAACAAAGUCGAUUUUCUUGACGGUAUUCCCAAUGGCCCUGGAAAUAUUCCUCACUCAUCGCGACCGCUUUUUGAGAGCUCACCAGUGGGCGUUUCCCUGUUUGCUCAACCUUCGGCGCCGCCAUUGAAUAGCAUGUCGCGCUAUGCUGUCGAAUUUAAGGAGCUCAAAAUUCUUGGACGAGGCUCCUUCGGAGAGGUCUACCACGCCAGGAACUACAUGGAUGGUCAAGACUAUGCCGUAAAGAUGAUUCCUCUGUCUCAGAGGAGAUUGGAUCAAUUGCAGUACGGGGGACAGAAUCAGCUGGAGACCAUCAUGAAAGAGAUCAGGACGCUCGCUCGCUUGGAGCAUACCAAUAUUGUUCGAUAUUAUGGAGCUUGGGUUGAACAGGCACAUGUCUCAAACCACACGUCAUUCGAGCAACCGACUCGCACUCGCCGUGAGCCAUCUCAACCUCAUCUGUCUAGCCGUGAAUCUACCAAUGAACCUAGCAUGGGCAUCAUUUUUGAAAAUUCCGAGAGCUCUGCGGUGGACUCGCAUGCCGGCUCUUAUCCAGAUGACCAGGAAUCGUCGAAUCACAUUCGACGCUGGAAUAGUCGCGCAACAACGUCAUCCCACCAUUCCAAGAAGAGCUCCGGUGCAGGCUGGGAAGAUGAUGAAGAUAUCGAGUCUAUUCCUCGCAACUUCGACAGCUCUUCAUAUGGACAAACAUCAACUUUCGCUCAGACCGACGACAUUUUCACCGAUGGAUUGAGCCAGGAUCAGUCAAAACUUCAAGUACAGCGCCAAUACCAGCCAGGGAGUCAGCCACCAGCGGUCAUCCUCCAUAUUCAGAUGUCCCUCCACCCAAUAUCCCUCGGCUCUUAUUUGAACCCUCAAACGACAGCCAGAAAUAAUGACGAUGGAUAUUCUCCGGCACGACGCCAUUGCUUCCAUUUGAUGCCGUCACUGAAGCUGAUCUUGGACAUUAUCUCGGGGGUCGAGUAUCUCCACUUGAAGAACAUUGUGCAUCGUGACCUAAAACCAGCAAAUAUCUUCCUAUCCUUGCCCGAAAACAGCAAAUUGGAUACCUGCCAUACCUGCAGCUUGGAAUCGAAAUCUCCUACUCAAUUCUGCCGCCCCCGCAUCGGUGAUUUUGGUCUGGUCGCGGAUAUUUCGCACCUGAAUUCGACCGCAUCGGAGGGUACAGUAACACCGUUUCAGCAUGGACCGAAGAUCCAGCGCGUUGUGGGCACUGAAUUCUACCGACCACCCGCAAACACCGAGGGCCCUGAUUCACCCGGCUACUUUGAUGAAUAUACGAUCGACGAGAAAUUGGAUGUUUAUGCUCUUGGCGUGAUUCUCUUCGAGCUCGUUUACCAGCUAAACACCAAGAUGGAGCGACAAAUGGUGUUGAAUGAUUUGACCCGGGGCACCACCACUUUCCCCAGUGACUUUGCAGCCAAGAUUGAUCAUGGAGAGACGCAUCUGGAUAUUGGAAUCAGAGUUGCCGACUCUCUGAUGAAUUGCAUUAAGGGCAUGUUGACACCGCAGUCAAAGCGGCGGUGGAGUUGCCAGGACGUGAAAGAGCAAUUACGCCAGAUUUAUAAGGCCGUGAAACGACUGGAGGCGCACUAG